AUGAAAGAAUUACGACUGGCUGAUUCCAAGAUCAUUGCACUUUCACCUCACUCUACAGCGAACAUCAUGGCCACUUUACCAGAAAAACAACCUUUCGUCGAGGACAGACAUGCCCGAAUGCCAGACAAGUUCCCCUCUACGUUUGUUUCGUCGACGGUACCCUAUAUAUUUGACACUGCCGCCAUUCUUGCGGCAACCCACCCCACCUUCUCGACCGCAGAUCUAUCAGACGAUGGGUGGUUCAUUUCGGAUUUUUAUGCCUUUAACUAUCUGUUGAAAGGCUUGGGCAUACAUCAGGCAUAG